CGGUGGGUGGCAGUGUAUUCCAGACAGAAUUAACACGAUUCUUGGAAGUUAACACAAUUCUUGGAAGAAAUAAGUCGGCACUUGCAUCCCAUCCCAUAUAAGCUAUCCCAUGGAUGCUCGUUGAGAGUAAUUCUUCGAAGCGGUGUGGGACGCCCUGUAGCACACGAUCGCAGUUAUUCAUUUAUUGGCUCCUGACUGCCCUUUAUUAGUUUGUAAAGCAUAAAUAUGGCAAACGGAGGCGUUCAACUUCUUGGUUUCAGUCUGGCUGUGCUGGGCUUUUUCGGAAUAAUCGCUUCGACUGCAAUGGUAGAAUGGAAAGCGUCUUCAUAUGCGGGGGACAAUAUCAUCACAGCCCAAGCCAUCCACGAAGGACUUUGGAUGUCAUGUGUGUCUCAGAGUACUGGGCAGAUUCAAUGCAAAGAAUAUGAUUCAUUACUUCAGCUGUCAGGGGAGCUGCAGGCCACCCGUGGCCUGAUGGUGUUUUCCAUCCUGCUGGUAGCCAUCUCAAUACUAGUGGCUGCGGUGGGCAUGAAAUGCACCGCAUGCUUGGCAGAGAACAAGCAACAGAAAAACAAAAUCGCCCUGGCAGGAGGAAUUAUCUUCAUUAUUGGAGGACUGAGUGCUCUUAUUGCCACAUCCAUGUAUGGACAUAAGAUAGCUAAGGACUUCUACAACCCCUUCACCCCAACAAAUGCCAAGUAUGAGUUUGGUGCAGCUCUCUUUGUGGGCUGGGCAGCAUCUGUUCUCGCAAUCAUCGGAGGAGGCUUCUUGUGCUGCAACUGUAGCACUGACUCAUCUGGAAAAGGGCAGAUGUACCCCCCAACUCGCGGAGGAGUCCCAGGCACACAUGUAUAGGGAUCACACAAGUUAAGAGGAUGUCGGGGAACUGGCAUUCCAUUAGGAUGGGUACAUGAACAUGGGUAGAUGGGUUUGGGUAGAUGGGGAUGGGAUGGGUUUUGGAGUUGUUCCUGCCAUUUUCUAAAAUGUGGGAUUCAAAUGCCUUUUUAUACUGCAUGUGUGUAUUGUAUUGAUUUGUAUUGACUGGAUUCAUUUUUACUGUGAGGUUUUGUCUGUGAGAUUUUGUCUGAAUACAUUAUUUGUAGUUUUAUGAUCAUUUAAAUAAAAAAUAAAAAACA